AUGGUAAAAGUGGCAAAAUCAAAGCCUGAAUAUCGUUUUGCUUUAUUCUCAGCAUAUGAAAUUAUUAUUUUCUUAACUUUUGAACUUGUUCCCGUUAUUGAUAAAGGAAACGUUUUGGCCAGUGAUUCGAUAGAAGCGUCAUCAAUAGGAGGCUGUUCUUUAGUUGUUGUUUUCUCUCGCCAUCAUCAAAAGUGUCAUAGUUCUGGUCAGAUUUGGAAUUUCAUUUCCAACCUUCUUAAAUUGACAGGUUCUUCUCUGGGUACUCUGCUGAAAGUGACAGCAGAGGUUGGAAAACUUCUUGGUGAAGAAAAGGUGGAUGCAAUCUUGUGUGUAGCAGGAGGAUGGGCUGGAGGCAGCGCCAAAGCUAAAUCAUUAUACAAAAACUGUGAUUUGAUGUGGAAACAGAGUGUUUGGACAUCCACUAUUUCCAGUCACCUAGCCACAAAGCAUCUGAAAGAAGGAGGCAUCUUGACUUUGACAGGAGCACAAGCUGCGUUAUCUGGAACCCCAGGAAUGAUUGGCUACGGAAUGGCCAAAGGAGCAGUGCACCAGCUUUGUCAGAGUUUAGCUGGUGCCAAUAGCGGCUUGCCAUCUGGUUCUGCUGCUGUUGCUGUUUUACCGGUUACCUUGGAUACGCCAGCGAACAGGAAAUCGAUGCCUGACGCAGAUUUCAGCUCCUGGACAUCCUUAGAGUUCAUUGCUGAAACUUUUUAUGACUGGAUAACAGGAAAGAACCGACCAAACUCAGGGAGUCUAAUACAGGUGAUAACUGCAGGAGGGAAGACUGAACUAGUUGCAGCACAUCUUUGAUGUGAAUCACUUCCAGGCUGUGAAGCUGCAGCAAAGGAGACUCUGAGAUUGAGAAUCUUCACCUAUGGAAAAUGUCUGCUAGUGUUAUUUUGAAUAUUUUUCUGUAUCCAAUGAUUAAGUAUGUCACUUGUGGAACCAGAUUUCAAGUAGUAUUUCUGUGCUGUCUGUUGUUAGCUAUCAGCAUUUAUUUACCAAGUAUUUAUCUCUAAAUGAAAGUUGCAGGCUUUAAAGUCCUAAUGUCCUGAUCGUGAGCAUUGUAUAAUGACUUACCUUUUUUCUCCGAAAUGGGAAUUGUGAUUUAUUAUGCCAUGUAAUCAUAUAUGUAAUGGUCAUAUUCUUUUCUCUGUCAGUAAGUCUUUUUGGCAUCUUACUGUGAAUGUUCCGGCAGUGUUUCUUUCUGCGUGGGAGUAUGCUCACACCACUCUGUUAUGUUGCCUGUAACUACAGGAAUCAUUGCAGACAUUUAUAAUGUCCUAGUCUUGUAAACUUUUCUUUGUGAACAUUCCACUGGAGUUAGUGGAACUGUGUUAGGGAUUAAUCACUUGAAGGAGUUUGUAAUUUGCCUUAAAGCUUAUAAUCUGCUAUCAGGUCUAGAGUUGUAGAAUAAGACAGUUGUUCUGCCAGGUAGCUAGUAUGUCUUAGUAUUACUCAUGAUGGUUCUUUACUUUUUAAAAAAGCAAGUGCCCUAAAGAACUACAAGAAAAAACACACAUGCGUCUGUUUAAACAUGGAGUUUCUUGUGUUAAAUAAAUAUAUAUUGUUUUACGUUUUGGGCUACCUGCUUCAUUGUAAUCCAAGCAUAUUUGGAGAGCAUUUUUCUCAGAUUUGUUUAGUACUUUAAAAUAACAAUCAGUUCUGUGACUUAUUGCAGAGAAAGGACUUCUCAUAAUCUUGUAUUUAUUUCCUUCUGAUAGUGUUGUGGAAAAUACUUUACUUUUCUGUGGUAGAGAUGUGGAAGAGCUACUGCUCAUACACUGAGGCAGGUCUUUGGCUGGAGUAGAUGUUUCCUUUGGUCCCACUACAUCAUGUGGAAUUAUGGUUUGGCUGCAGAAUGAAAGUUUUGCUUCUGAGCAUAGGCACGCAUGGAGACCAGUCUUGUCAGUUUUUUGGAAGGUCUUGAAAAAAACCGACUACACAAAGCUCGUAUUAAAUGCGUGCACACUCGUGCGUGCGCGCGCGCUCUCUCUCUUUCUCUCUUUUAAAUUCUGGGGUAGUGUUGGGUGUGAAUUUACUGGUAUGGGUCAGGAGAGACCUGGUGGUCUUGAUGGAAAAAAAACUGAGGUGAAUCUGUUGUUUUCACGUAGCUGCCUCGAGUAUGCUUUGCCAGCAAUGAGUGAUAGGGCCUGAAGAACAGGGGACAUGCCUACACUGUGCUAUGGAGGGGUCACUAAGCUUGUGGAAACCUAACCUGGUUGAUUCUCUCUAUGUAAUACUGUGUGGCUAUACCAGUGUAGAAGCAGAACAGCUGUGUUAGGGCAGUGUUGAACAUAAACAAGUGUUUUCUGCCUCUCUGUGAUGCUGUAUAUGUGCAACUCUAGCUACUAGUGCUGAUUCAAAGCCUGACCUGGGUCUCCUGUGCAUAUCCUGUCUACUCUCUCACCUAGCCAAUUAAAUGAAAGGCUAAGGUUAAAGUAAGAGAGAGAUGUAAGCUCACGAGAUGGAAGAAACCCAUAUUGAGUGAGACUGUAAUAAACAGGCACACUGUCCUGAACUGAGCUUCCAUUCUUCUACUCACGUUUGAAGGGAGAAGAACGUGAGAAAUUUCUCUUGAGUAAAGGGAGUAUACCUUUGUAUCCUCAGUAAAUUUAUACUGGUGACUACUAGACAUGAAGGGGUAACAUAGCUUUUUGGAACAAAUAGGUUGCUAUAAUCAACAGACUAAGAGUGAUGAAAUGCCUGUGAAACAGUGAAUAUUGGUAAAACGUAACUGUGAAUGGAAAACUGUUGACUGGAUUAUUAACUUAACAACUGCAGAUGCAGUUCAAGAGUACCAAAAAGACAUAAUAAAAAUGGCAUUAUUUAGCUUGAGAGCAGGAAUGAAGGUGUUGGCAAGUGAUACAUCAAUCCUGCUGUUAGAAGGGAGAGAUUUAACCUGAGUAGUUUGAUGGAAAAUAGGUUUUACGUGCUGAAUCUCAUCCUGUGUCUCUACAACCUUUACUCCAGUUGACAAGCAUUGAUGCCUCAUGUAGAAAAAAAGGCUACCCUGACACUGCAAACAUCUGCUGGGUUGCCUGGCUUCUUCAGCAGUUUCUGAGAUCUGUUUACACUGUAAUGUGAAGCAGAAGCAAUUCAGUCUGUGUGAAUUUUGGGAAAUUAAUCUCUAAUAAAAUCUCUGCUCUAG